AUGCGGAACGAGAUCAGGAGUAUGGCGCAGGGGCGAGGACGGAGCGCCCCAGGGACCGGGAAGUGCGUGUACGCCUUGUCGGAUGACUCGGGGGAGACGGUGCAGCUGCUCCUGUCUCGGCUGCUGGUGCAGUACUCGGACCUGGAGCCGCCCAGCGUCAGGUUCUUCCCGCGGCUGGGCUCCGUCGCGGAGGUGAGGGAGAUCGUAGCGCAGGCCCAGGCCAGCCAGCAGGACAUCUUCAUCCUUGCGACGCUUGUGCAGCCAUCCCUUUCGGAUGCCCUCGCGAAAUUCGGCGGCGAGAUGCAGGGUAAGACCUACAAUGCAAUAGCAGAUCUGCAGCGAAUAGUGGAACGAUCGACCAGCUCCAGUGCCUCAGAGCAGCUGGUCCUCGAUAGCAGCAACGACGGCUUCUUCAUCGACGCCCCGAUAAACGGAGACGGCCCUGUCAAGCAGAUACCCUCCGUGAACUCCGACUUCUUCCGUAUGGCGGAAGCCGUGCAGUUCGCGCAGCAGCACAUCUCGGGCGUCAAUGCCCAGGAGUGGCCGGACGCCGACGUGCUAUUGGUGGGCCCCUCGCGCGUGGGCAAGGAGACGCUCGCGUAUUAUUUGGCGCAUCGGGGUGUCAAAGCCGCGUGUGUGGCGAUUUCUUCUGCGGGGAGCGCGCCACCAGCGUUGUCGAACGUGGACCCCCGCAAGGUCGUGUUGCUCACAAUGUCUAGCGACUUUCUGAUGAAGCGAAGGCAGUACAGGGUGCAGGAGUUGAAGCGCAAGGGUGUGCCAGUGUUCUACGACGCAAGCUACACGAAUCUUCAGAGCAUCGAGCUGGAGCUCGACUCUGUGGCGCAGCUGGCGCGAAAUCAGGUUGGCUGGGUUGGUCCUCUUGACAUUACGGACUACGAUAUCCCUGAAGCCUGCGAUAUGGUGUUAACCGUCCUCAAGCAGGCUUCGUUCAAAGCUUGA